UGGGCUGGGGCGGCCGCGGUCCGACGUGUCACUGCGGGGGCCCCGCCUCCCCGGGGUGGGGUCUCGGCGUCCAGCUACCGGCGAGGGAGGGACCCCCGGAAGUGCCCCCUCCUCAGGGCGGGAGGGGAGGCGCCGCGGGGCGGGGUCCCCGGCCUCCCCCCGGCCUGGUUGGUGCGUCCCCGGUGACGUCGGAGGCGGCCCGCCCCUGCCGGGAUGCUGCGCCCGGAGUGACGUCAGGAGCCGAGGCCGGAGCUGUCCAUCAGCACCAAAGGCCGCGGGCGGGCUCAGGGCAUGGGGCCGCGGCUCCGGGGCAGCCUGAGCCCCUGCUCCUGCGCCUUUCCCGGCCCCAGGCCCAGCCCGAGCGCCCGGACGCCGCGGGACUGGAGCGCCGGGCGCUGCUGCCGGCGGAGCGGCGGCGCCGUCGCCUGGCGGAGACCGGUCCCUCCGGCCCUGCAGCCCCCUGCCCCUCACGGGGGACUUUUCCCGGACCCCCGGCAGCUGGGACCUCUGGCGCCCGGCCACCCCGGCCCCUCCGGCCCCUGCCCGGCCUCCUGUCGCUCAGGAGCUCGGGUCGCCUCCAGCCCAGGUAGAUCGUGGGACCAUCCCGGACUGAGCCGCCCACAGACCGCUCGCUCCUGGCUGCCUCCUCCCCGGCGGCCGCUCGCGGCCCUGGCCUCCUCCCCACCCCGGCACCCCUCUUAACUUCUUCACCCCAGCCGGACUCCCGGCGCCCACCAGGUACUUUGGGUGACCCCCUUCCGUUCUCAGCGCUAUGCCGGGCACUGUGGCCACACUGCGGUUCCAGCUGCUGCCCCCCGAGCCCGAGGAUGAUGCCUUCUGGGCUGCUCCCUGCGAACAGCCGCUGGAGCGCAGGUACCAGGCACUGCCAGCCCUCAUCUGCAUCAUGUGCUGUUUGUUUGGAGUCGUCUACUGCUUCUUCGGUUACCGCUGCUUCAAGGCGGUGCUCUUCCUCACGGGCUUGCUCUUCGGCUCCGUGAUCAUCUUCCUGCUGUGCUACCGAGAGCGGGUGCUGGAGACGCAGCUGAGCGCCGGGGCGAGCGCGGGCAUCGCGCUGGGCAUCGGGCUGCUGUGCGGGCUGGUGGCCAUGCUGGUGCGCAGCGUGGGCCUCUUCCUGGUGGGGCUGCUCUUGGGGUUGCUGCUGGCCUCGGCGGCCCUGCUGGGCUCGGCGCCCUACUACCAGCCGGGCUCCGUGUGGGGCCCCCUGGGGCUGCUGCUGGGGGGCGGCCUGCUGUGCGCCCUGCUCACGCUGCGCUGGCCCCGCCCGCUCACCACGCUGGCCACGGCGGUCACCGGCGCCGCGCUCAUCGCCACCGCCGCGGACUACUUUGCCGAGCUGCUGCUGCUGGGUCGCUACGCGGUGGAGCGGCUGCGCGCGGCCCCCGUCCCCCACCUCUGCUGGCGCAGCUGGGCCCUGCUGGCCCUCUGGCCGCUGCUCAGCCUGAUGGGCGUCCUGGUGCAGUGGCGGGUGACCACCGAGCGGGACUCCCACACGGAAGUGGUCAUCAGCCGGCAGCGGCGGCGGGUGCAGCUGAUGCGGAUUCGGCAGCAGGAGGAGCGCAAGGAGAAGCGGCGGCGGAAGAGACCUCCCCGGGCUCCCUCCAGAGGCACCCGGGCUCCUCCGAGGCCUGGUCCCCCGGACCCUGCGUACCGGCGCAGGCCAGUGCCCAUCAAACGCUUCAAUGGAGAUGUCCUCUCCCCGAGCUACAUCCAGAGCUUCCGGGACCGGCAGACAGGCAGUUCCCUGAGCUCCUUCAUGGCCUCGCCCACAGAGGCGGACUACGAGUACGGGUCCCGGGGGCCGCUGACCGCAUGCUCGGGGCCACCAGUCCGGGUAUAG